GGAUGGUCGUGUACCACCUGUCAGGUGCCAAUGUACCACAGAUGGUACCCAUACCACUGGUUGAAAAGCCCUGUGCUAUACAAUUCAACAUGGGCUACUUUCAAGGCGCAUAUAUCUCUGAAUAUCUCCCUGCAUUUUUAAGAACUUUUCAAGUGUGUUAAAAGCUCUGCCAUUGUCAAAGGCAUUGAGGAAUCUGGUAAGGAAAUAUCUCUGAAGUAACCCAGGGGUCAUGAAUUGUCUAGUGGAAAUAGAAAGGGACGAGCGUUUGCUUUUGUGGUCUAAAGCUCUACUGAGCCUUUUUGUCUCUGAUGGACACGUAGUCUUUGGAAAGAAAGAUUAUGGAAAAAGUGAUGCAAUAAGAAGCAAGGUUUUACAAAUGGAAGGUGCUUUCAUCUAACAUCCUCAUUGUGUACUAAAUUAGGGCAAAUGUGCCAUAAAAGCUUGCCCUAAAAGCACCUAGGAAAAUGGAGAGGAAAGAUGGAGAAUAGAUAAUGUUGUCCUUUGCUCCUGCCAUAAAAUGUUACGAACAAGGCAGAGCCUUGUUAAAAGCCUCUCUGAAAGUAUCCCCCUCAGUGGCAAGCUUCAAGCAGAGAGAUAGCUAUUUUACAUAUAAUUUGCAGGCUGUUUUGUUUAAUGGAUCAGUUAACGAUCUGAGUCAGAUUGUUUACUGAAGUAAGCUGGAUUUCUUGCCAAACACAUUUCUGUUGGAAGACUUCAGGCUUACCGAGAAGAGGAGGAGCAUCAGAAAAAGCAGGAUCCAUAGCAUCAGAGUUCACUACAACCAGAGUGUAGCAAGGGCAAUAGGACCAGGGUUGAGGAAGAAAUGGAGUAGCAAGCAACCAAAGCAGCAGAGAAAAAUGCUAUCUAAGUCAAAAGGAAUAUAAUACAGUACUGAAUGUAUCUUCCUACUGUCCAAGAAGAAUGGCACAUCCAGCAAAUAGAAGACCAGAGAACGCCAAAAUCGACUGGCAUUUGCCCACCAUUUCAUCCUCUGCGUCAGCUCAUCACAUGAGUAGAGAGCUUUUUGUGCUCACCUAUGGUGCUUUGGUAGCCCAGCUGUGUAAGGAUUAUGAAAAGGAUGAAGAUGUGAACAAAUAUUUGGAUAGCAUGGGAUAUAACAUCGGCAUCAGAUUGGUUGAAGAUUUCUUGGCUCGCUCUGCUGUGAAAAAGUGCCGCAGUUAUUCUGAAACUACAGACAUAAUUGCCCAGGUUGCUUUUAAGAUGUAUCUGGGUGUCACCCCUACUGUAACUUGCAACAAUGCAAUGGGAAAUGAGUUUUCUCUCAUUCUGGCCAAGAAUCCUUUAGUGGACUUUGUGGAGGAGCUACCGGCAAGUCGAUCAUCUCUUUGUUACUGCAGCCUGCUGUCUGGGACCAUCAGAGGGGCUCUGGAAAUGAUACACCUAGCAGCUGAAGUGAUUUUUCUUCAAGACACUCUGAAAGGAGACGAUGUGACAGAAAUCCGAAUCACAUUCUUGAAGAAGGCUGAAAUCAAGAAAUACAAGAGAAAUAAAUGAUACUGUUAUCUGAAGUAGUUAUGUACUUAGGGUCAGCCAAGUCUUUGCAGCUGCCUACAAAGAGGAACCUUCCAAUUCAGGAAGAAGCAUCCACCCAGAACAUGACUAAAAACAAACAAUAUUUCUAAUCCAGGCCAUGCAUGCCCAGAAGCUUAUUGGAGGAACAAGAAAUUAGCAUACAAUCCCCCCCCCCCCAAGGGAAUGUGCAGUACUCCAAAAUGUAUUUAUUACCAGGAAUUGGAUGGUGAAUAUUUGUAGAAUCUCUGCUCCCUGAAAAAUAUCCUUGCAUGUUGUUUCAUAUUGGAGCUGUGCUACGUCUAUUUCAGUGAGGUAAAUUUCAGUGCAAGGCUGUGAGGAACAAGGUUUUCUUAGGAGUGAUAAUUCUCCUGAGGAAUUGCCUGAGGGAACUUUCUCAGGCCAGACAAGGGAAGUCCAUGAAAUGUAGUAAACAGGGCUAAAUACAACCAUCAAACUUUUCCAUGUCCGUUAGAGCUCCCUGCAAUCAUACUUUCCCCAAAUUAAUGUCAUAAGGUAGGCAGUGUAAAGAAGAUAAUGCAGCCCUAAAAAAAGUUCAAGAUGCUUUAGAAGCAAAAUGUAAUAAAUACUUAACAGGCCCCCUAAUACUUUCCCUUCCUAGGACCCCUGACUGCUUCCCUGACACCAUCCAAAGACUGCAUCCUCAAUUUGAUGCUUGCAUUUCUUGGGUUACCAUCAAAAUGGUGCCCACAUCUUUGGUCAGGCUUCUGAGGGAACUGGCUUCUGCUUGGACUAUCUCUCUUCAUAAAAGGACUUGCCGAUUUUUACAUUUUAUUUUAUGCUUUGGAUUUUAAGAUGUGUAUAAUUUUAAAGAAAUGGAAAGGGUAAAUGAGAUAUGUAAAUACAUUAUCUAAACCAAAUUGUGCAUGAACUUAAGAAAUUAUAUGAGAAUGUAAAAUAUAUUUUUCUGUUUGGAGAUUGUUAUUCUGUCAAAGCUAAAGUAUUGUUAAAUAAUUGCCUUCAUUUAAGAUAGAGGUUUGCUAAUGUCUUCUGACAUAACAUUCAAUGAGCAAAAGGAGGAUCAAGACUUAGCUAAGAAAUGACUUUAGCUUUUAUUAUGAAACUUUAGCAGAAACAUGCUAAACAUGCUUCUGAGAAAUAAUCCUCCCAAAGACUUCCUGAGCAAAAAUUCUAGGUUUUUGAAAACUAAUUCCUGGGGUAUUAUACAAAAAAAAAAAACAUGGGAAAUUUCACUUUCCAAGAAUCCUGAUUUGUAAUAUAUGGAAGGACGGAAGUAUAUAGUUGCCCUCUUUAUCCAUUUAUUUAACAAAAAAUAUAAACCCCUUUUAAUCCAAAUGGACUCUGAGCAGUUUACAAAUGUAAAAGAACAAUAAAAUAAAUAAAACGAUUAACAUAAUUAUGAUACUCAAGUGAUUACAGUCACUCAAAUAGCAUUAAGGACAAAAGAAUUGCUAGAAUAUAGUUGGAUCUACACAUAUUUCCAGGGGUAAAAUAUUGCACAAAAUGGGGACUAUUCCUGAGAAGUUCUGUUACUGGUCCACCUCCUAUGAAUCCAAGAAGAGUGGACCUUUUUUCUAGUUAUCACUUUUAGCUUGAAUCCUAAAAUAUGCUUAAGAAAAAUUCAGUUCUUGCAUCUAUGAUUUCUAUAUUCUUGGGAUAUUCUUCAGAUAAAACUGGAGUUGGGGUAAAAGGCAUUUAAUCUGCAUUUUAGUGCAAACCACUCCAAUUUGCAGCUUCUUAUACACGUUAAUAUUUAUCUUCUGAGUUCUAAAUGCAUAGUUUAUUGAAAGGUAUAUUUAAGUGUCCAAAUUGUCAUACCAAAAUGCCUCUCGAACCAAAAGUUUAUUAAGAAAAAAACUGAUAACUGAAAUAUGCACAAAUUGAUAACCAGUGCAGAAUUUGAGGAAAAAAUGGAUUUUAGACUGGAAAAGGGGAAAGGGGGAAAAGAAAGGGGGGGCUGAGAGGCUAUUUUAGUUAGGCUAGUACUCUCCUUGUUGCCUUAUUUCAAAAGCAGUAGUAUAAGGAGAUUUACAAAAUGCAACUAUCAAAAUUAUCCCUUCACUUGAUGAUUUGGGUUAUUUUGAUUCUAUUAUAGUAAAAAGCAGGCAGAAUAACCUUUCAAUUAACCUAUACCCCUAUAACAAGGGUCUUCAAACUUGGCCCUUUUAUGACUUGUAAACUUCAACUCCCAGAAUUCCUCAGCCAGGCAUGCCAGGAGUUUAAAAGGGCCAAGUUUGAAGACCCCUGCCCUAUAACAAGGAAUGGGGGAAGAAUAAAAUGGGAGCCUGAUUUUCUGAAGUCCCAGCUAGGCUUUUGUCUGAAGCAAAGAAUUUCUUCUAUCAAUAUGAUAACAUUCACUGAUUUGUAAGACUCAAAGUGGUGCUUUCUGAGACACACCUUGUUUUCCCCUGAACAAUUUGAAAAGGAUAUCCUGUCAAAAAAACAGUAUUAUAUCUGUCAUAGAAUUUUUUUUAAGAAAUAGUCCUGCUGUGUGUCAAGCAGCUCUUCUCUUUUUAAGUUAAUUUGACUUAACAGAGUGGCUUAUAGCAAUAGUUCUCAAUCUCAGCAACUUUAAUAUUUGUGGACUUCAACUCCCAGACAUCCCUAGCCAGCAGCUGGCUUGGGGAAUUCUGGGGGUGGAAGUCCACAAGUAUUCAAGUUGCUGAAACUGAGAAAUGCUAGCUUAUAGGUUAGUAUUCAGACCUUUCCUAAAACUGUGUUUGUAUUUGUUUUGAUUCUGAAAGCCUAGCUGAGGGUCUUUUAUUAUAGACUUGGGAAAUUAGGAAAUAUACAUUAGCAUCAAAUUCCCAUAAUGUUAGCUAAAUCAAGUUACAACCAGCUGUAACAAUCAUUCAUGACGUUAAUCUUUUGAAAUUAUAAAAAUCAAUGUCAUUAAUAACCAGGACAUCUGAACAAGUCUUCAAAAAGCUACCAUAUUUUAACCAAGAUUAAAAAAUAAAACAAAUUGCAGUAACACUAAUAAGACGGGGAAGUUCUCAAGCUUUAUGGUGCCCUGAACCCAGAACUUCAAAUUGGAUUCACCUUUUUCCUUAUUUCAUUUCCACAAAUUUAGGAAUCUGCUAUAAAUAUUACUUUAAUGAAUAUUAAAUAUUUAUUAAAUAAAUUUAAUAAAUAGACAUCCUUGAGAAAUGCAAUGGUUUGGGAGUGGAAGUCUCCUAGGAAAAAAAAAUAUUUGAAAUAAAGAAUUCCCUUUGAGCUAGAUGGCCUGUUUUAAUAAGAAAAGGUGAGACAAUCCUGCUUGCUUUACUUAGAGAAUUAACACAUUAAGAGAAUUCAUUUAAUAUUCUCUUGAGCGUGAUGAUGAAAGUAUGUGAAAGUAAAAAUAAAGUAAAAGUAAAGAGACUUUCCCCCCACUGUAUUUAACUAUCCCCUACUUUUACUGGUAUUAUUCAAAUAUUACUGAUAAGUUACAUAGCAAUUUUAAAGGCCUUACUUGUUAAGAAGUAUUAAUUACAAUCCUUAAUUCAUUUGCCACACUGCUCUUUUAACUGGCUUGAUGUAAUAUAUUUCAUGUUGAGAAUCCUACUGAAUAUACAUAAAAAUUUGGGAAAAAUAUUACCUAUAAACCACAAUUAUGCACAUCAUUCAAUUAAAAAAUAAGUAAAAGUUACUUUCUUUAUUAGAUACUUAACUCCUAGUAUUUUCAACACAUCCACAUUAAGAUGCCAGCUCAAUUUUUUCCUAUUCUGCCUGACCAGCAAGAUUUUGGAAAACCCGAAACAUGGCAAGGGCUCAGGUCUAACUUUGCUUUGAAGACAACCUCGAUCCCUGCCUGAUGCACUCCAGAAUUUCCUUCCCUCUUGGCCUUGAAGAGACUUGAAGAACUCUUAUGCCAUGGGGUAUAGAAGAAUUGAACAGAAAUCAAAUCCUACAACAGUAUUUGAUUGUAUUAAAGAUUAAGAAUUUUUUUUUUAAUUUUACUGUUAGAAGUAAAAGGAAGGAAUAUAAAGUUGUUUUAUUUGAUCAAAGUUAAAAUAGGUCUCUGUCUCUCUCUCUUUCUUUUUCUCUCCCCUCCCCCCUCAUGUUCUGGCAGUCCUUUAUAGUUUUUUUGGUGACACCAGGGUUGUAAGUUAAUGAUUUAUAGAUUUGCUUAUAAAUAAGGAAUGGGAUAUGGAAUGAAGAGAUAUCAGCCUUAUGGAGAGUGAAGAUUUACUAAAUUUGUUUACACUUGCAAUGAAGCCUAAAAAUCACUUCUUCAUAUAUUUCUUUUCUUUUUCAAUAUUAUAUAUUUCUUUUUCCUUUCUUUUUCUCUUUUCCUGCACUUUUUUCUUCUUUCUUACCAUUCUUACCAUCUAUCUCUAAGUUUAGUUUGUAUUCAUUUUUUACUAUUGUAAUUAAAAUUCUUAAUAAAAAAUAUAUUUGGAGAAGAAAAGACAUGGGACAAAACU